AUGAAGGGAGUGUUUCCGGCUUGCUACAUGCAUCUGAAAGAGGCCACAGUUGAUGGCAGCGGACAAAAGGAGACGGUCAUUCCUACCGAGCUUCCGCUGGUUCAUGACGUCACAACUACGCUGCGAGAAUGGGCGGCAAUAUGGAGGGACCUAUAUGUGGGCGACAAGCGUGAGAUGUUCAACACGGUCCGAGACAUGAUCUAUGACUUGAUUGAGUGGCGCUCCCAGAUCCUGUCCGGCACGCUCCCACAGGACGAGAUGUCCGAGCUCAAACAGAAAGUCACCUCUAAGAUGGACUACGGGAACAAGUAUUUAGACCUGGAUCUGGUGGUGAGAGAUAAAGACGGGAAUAUUCUGGAUCCUGACCUGACCAGCACUGUCAAUCUGUUCCGAGCGCAUGAAACCGCGUCCAAGCAGAUUGAAGCUCGCAUCCAAGAGGAAAAGUCUCAGAAGCAGAACUUGGAUUUGAGCAGGCAGGCCAAGUUUGCCUCCACACCCUCGUUCGCCCUGUUCAUCACACUCAAGAAUGUCGUGUGCAAAAUCGGAGAAGAUGCAGAAGUGCUGAUGUCACUAUAUGACCCGAUUGAGUCCAAGUGCAUCAGUGAAAACUAUCUUGUGCGCUGGUCCAGCUCAGGUUUGGUUAAAGACAUCGAUCAGCUCCAUAACCUGCGUGCCGUAUUCACAGAUCUGGGGAGCGAAGACCUGAAGAGGGAGAAAAUCAGCUUUGUUUGUCAGAUCGUUCGAGUGGGCCGCAUGGAGCUCAGAGAUAACAACACUAAGAAAUUAACGUCUGGCCUCCGCAGACCCUUCGGCGUGGCAGUAAUGGACGUCACAGACAUCAUCACGGGCAAGAUGGACGAUGAGGACAAGCAACACUUCAUUCCCUUCCAGCCGUGA